CAGUCGAUCAAUCGAGGAGCACCAGAGCACCUAGGAAGACAUCCAUUACAUUGCAUAUGCUCCAAUGCUUAAUCACCAUAACCAAUACAACCGAGUCAUAGUCAUUUAAAGGCUCAGUCAUCAUUUGUAGUAGCCAGUCAGAGCUCUCUUCACCUUCAGAUUACAGUCCUUAGUCAUACUGCACAUCCCUUCAGCCGCAGCUAUAUGUACCGACUCCUUACUCCCAGACUGGAGAAGUUCUUAUUUAUUACACAGACAGACACAGUGUAUAUACAACAUGUCUAUAAAAUGCCCUGUAAUAGAAGCACCCGAAGCUCGUUCCACGCCCCGAACGAAGGAUGACAACGGCAGCUGGUUAUCAGCCGAUGGUCCAUAUCUCAAUUACAUCAAGCAGAGCUGUUCUCGACAGCCCAAUCUCGAGUUGCCUGAUGGACGCAACCGCGCUAUCAUGAUGUGAGAUAGACAGCAUGUUCGAGCAGCAGUUCUCGAGUUGGAUGGUCAAGGCAAAAUGCUGUCGCCUACGGAACUCCCUCAUGUUGCACAACUGAGGAAUCAUUUCUCUCAACUGCGAAAGUUGCGUCAAGAUGGCCAAAGUCAUCGGAUGAUCUAUCUUGUCGAAGGCUUAAACACAGAAGUUAUAGCACUUUUAGGUGACGAACUCCAGGUCGAUCCUAUGUUCUUUGUCACUCAUGAGAGAACGUCGACAUAUCUGCGAUGGCCCUAUGAGCCCAAUUUAGCACCGAGCUUACCUUCACUCAUUGACGGGAAUCGAUCAUUUACUGCAAGCUACUACGACAUUCGAGCUCUUCGUGAAGAGUUCGGGUCGUUCAGCGUAGGAUGUGCAGAAUCUGGGAGAGACGCCCUGAGGACUAGGCUCGGCAAGGAUUGGGAGCCUACAGUUAUUCUUCACAGACAAAGUUCAUUCUGGAAAACGACAAUUUCUAAUGAAAACGACUGGAGUAGCAAGUUAAUUUAUUUUCAUAGUCUGAGAAUAGUAAAAUUGACAUUCUGUAGUUUUAAUCCUCUGCGAUCCACCCUUUCGAAAAGCUCAUAUAUGGC